AAAAAGCAUGAAAUUAUGUAUAAAAAAAAAAGGAAGAAGAAGAAGAAGAAGAAAAACAGCUCUAACAAUUUUCUCUUUGAGAAACCCACUUCAGACCCACCGCUAUUUUCAUUAGUUUCUACCUCUGAAGUGCACUGGAAGAAAAUGACAGAAGACACAUUCGCUGAGCCCUUGACGGACUGCCACAGACCUGCGUCGGGAACGUCACAAGACAUCUCUCAUGUAUUAAUGAGCGUUUUCAAGGAGGUUUACAAUAAGGACAUAAUCGAGAAAGGGAAUCUGCUGUCCAAUCUCAUCAAAACAAAUGUGGAAAAAAACUCUUAUCAUGAUAAACAUGUUAAGCAGCUGUACCAGGCUCGUUCUGAAUAUGAGCGGAGUAUAAAAACGGCUAAUAUGCUGGAGGAUCACAUAUGUAGGGGUCGAGCCCAGGCUGCUGCCAAAGAAAGCCGGGACUGUGCUAGGAUGAAGGCAGACGUUGUAGAUGGUUGUGAUUAUGAAAUGUUUCCAGUAAAAUCCACCUUUUGCUGGUGUGUCGAUGAUGAUCUUCUCAGAAGAAACCACCUGAUCUCCCCUGGGGACUACUUACCAUCAGAGAAACCACAUAUACGUGCACCGGCCCCAGUAAAAUCGAAUUUUGCAAAAACCACUAUCUCAUUUGCCAUACGCACAACCCGGGAGUCUCAGGAUCACGGACCAAAGAAGACUUUGUUGGAAAUGAAUGAGUUGGAUGACAGUCUUACUUGUGAAUCAAGCGCAGAACCCCAACAAAGCAAGAAAAUCCCUAAAACGACCAUAACUAAGCCAAGCUGGUUUGGCCUACCAAGCCCAAAAGACUGCACAGAGGGUUGGGAGGAACUUCAGAAGUUUAAGAAAAGACAAAACUUCCUGCUUGAUAGGCGAGUCUGUCCUCCAAAUGCUCAGCAGUGUAGAAAGCCGCUCAGCUCACCCAAAGUCAAAGUGAAGAAGGACCAAGAGAGGAAAAACUUUGACUAUCAAAGCUCUGUAGAUGAGCUCCACUGUCUCUUCCAGGCAACGCCCCAAGUGAUGUUUUUCACAGAAUACAGCAUUGGAAAUGUUUAUGAGUCUACGCUGGAGCUGAAAAACGUGACUUACACAAGCCGCCACCUCAGAGUCGUCCCUCCUACCACUCCAUACUUCUCAAUAGGGCUGGGAAGAUUCCCCAGUGAUGGAGGCAUUGUUGCCCCAGGGAUGUGCUGUAAGUACUCACUGCGAUUUGCUCCAGACUCCUUGGGAGACUUCAAGGAUUUCAUAGUGGUGCAGACCGAAUCUCAGCACCUGUUUGUGGUGCCCAUUGAGGCACGGAGACCUCCUCCUGUCCUUACCUUGCCCAGAGUUUUGGACUGCGGGUAUUGUCUGGUUGGAGGGGUAAAAUUUCUGGAGUUCAUGUGUCAAAAUGUUGGACUCAGCGCUGGGAAUUUUUACAUCAUGCCCAAGGACCUGUGGCCGGCCCCAAAUCUCAGGUCCUUGUCAACAACGUACUUUUCUGAGAAGCCACCCUUUGCUGUAGGACCCUGUGUGUUUUCACUGCAACCAGGAGAAGCCAUUGUUGUGGAGGUUGUUUUCUUCCCAACCACUGUGGGGCAUUGCUGUCAGCUAUUUACCAUAAUCUGCGACAACUGCCAGGUGAAAGACAUUUCCAUUGAAGGUGAGAGUCAACUGGUUGGCGUUGAGCUUGUGUCUAUAUCUGGAGAAAAUGAGCCUCUCCCUCCUGGAGAGAUGCACGACCUCACUGCAGAGCACUUUGUCUGCUUCAGUGAAUGCCACCCUCACUUGGAGCAACAGAAGAGACUUGUCAUCAGAAACAAUGUCCACUUGGAGCUGCCCUUCCACUGGCAAAUUAUGAAACCCAACCUGCGUCCUCUUCUUCCCGGGGAGACCCAUGAUAUAUCCCAUAUCCAGUUUCAUCCGGACACAAACGACGUUUAUCACAUGAGCCCCCCCACAGGCCUCCUGGCUCCCUGUCAGGAGCACGAGUUUCUCUUAACCUUCUGUCCAAAAGAGUUGAAGGAGUAUUACAGUGUCUUUCACUUGGUCCUGAGGGACAUCCCCCUGAUGCCACUAGAGCCUAACGAUGACAGCAUCCUACAUCCUGUGCAUUCUGUCUCCAAGUUGAACAAUGUGAUCAUCAUGGAGAUAGAGGUCAAAGGGUCAACAGAGCCAUACCGAGUCCUACUGGAGCCAUAUGGUAUCAUUAUCCCUGGAGAAAUAUUUAUCUCCAUCCCUACUCGCAAGCAGUUUAAGAUGUGGAAUCACAGUAAAACUUUCAUCUUGUUUCAAUGGGAGAGGUUGAACAGCAGCUCCCAUGUUAUAGAAGUAGAGCCAUCUGCUGGGACAAUAGAAGAGAAUGAGUGCUUUGACUUUGAUGUCAUUGUUACUGGAGGGAAGCCAGAUGAGCUUAAAACCAACCUGGUUUGCAACAUAGAGCGUCGUGACGAACCUGUCAAGUUGCCUAUUGAGGUUUCCUUUAAGGGUCCCACAGUGAAGCUCAGUGUUCCCUGUGUGGACUUUGGGCUUGUGAGGCUCGGGGAUGAAGUUCAAACCACACUCUCUCUAACCAAUAUCACUCCUCUCGAGGCCAACUGGAUGUUUAAGGAGAAGAUUGAUAAUAAGCAGGAUCACGAAGACCCAAAAGCAGUAAAGCAGAAUGUCGUAGUGGAGCCAGAAACAGGUGUGCUGCUCCCCUUUGCUAGUUGCAGUGUGGUGCUGCAUUUGAACUUAGAUUUCUGCCAGACGUUCGAAACAGAAAUGGAACUGAUUGUGGAGAAUGGGACUACAAGUCCUGUUAUGAUCCAGGCAGUUGUGCAGUCUCCUCAGGUGUGCUUCUUAAACUGCAAGUUGGUCUUCAAUGAUCUUUACCUGGGAGUUCCCUCAACAGGCAUCGUAACACUUUUCAACCAGACUCUGCUGCCAUCACACUUUAGCUGGAAGGAACAGCUUCAGGGAAAACAGGCUUCACUGUGCACAGCCACCUUUGAUCCCUCUUCUGGUAUACUGGGACCCAAUGCAACCAUGAACAUCGCUGUAAAUUUAUCUUCCCACACAGACUUGAAGCUCACAGAAGUGGCUGCUAUCUGUGAGGUGCAAGGGAUGAACUCGCCGCUUGUUCUACAAAUUGUGGGCUCCCAAUCCAAGAAACUUUCUGUGUCCUACUCGCUGCCUGGCGCCUGUCACAUAGGGAAUAGUGACAGUCCUUCAGCACUGAUAAUUGACUUUGGAGAUGUCAUUAUAAAGACGGAGGUGACCAAACAGUUCCUAAUGACCAAUGAAAGCGCUAUCCCUGCAGCUUUUACUAUAAAGCCAGAGUUUUUCACCUGCAACAUUUCAAUGGCAAACAGCUUGUUAGAGAAGAGACUCACAUAUUUAAAGACUCCACUUUUUGCUGAACAAGUGAAAAAAGUAGAAGCCAAAGCACAUGAAGACUUUGUCACUGGCCUUCUGGCUGAUGGAAAUGGGGCGGCCUUCAUGGUCCAGCCAGACUCAGGGCAGCUGGGACCAUUUGAGACCAAGACGGUGGAUGUGACCGCCUAUUGCCUAAUGUGGGGAGAAUACAGAGAUCACCUCAUAUGCAAGGUCGGAGACCUUGAACCGAUACACAUAACUAUGCAGAUGACCGUGAAAGGCUGCCCACUCCACUUCCAAAUGAUAGGCCCCCAACCAAAUGACCAGUGUCUGGGUCCAACCAUGCACUUUGGCACUCACUUGUCAGGAGGAGACACCGUUUCUCAUCCUCUUCGCAUCAUUAAUCCAACCAUGUUUGAUAUCCAGGUGGACUGGGAGAUUUACAACAUUGACGAGAAUGACCACAAACUGAUUGAAUUCGUGAUGACCUAUGGAGAGCACUUCCCGCUGAAGGAUGAUGAUGGUAAUGAGCUGCUGAAAGGAACAUUUACGGUUUUUGAUGAAAACGAUCCAACAGAGUGGGAGAAGAAUCAGAAAAGCAUGUCCCUUCAAAGUGGUACUAACGGAAAAGAGAAAGAAUUUGUAGAUGAAGAGGAAGGACAUCUCUAUCCUGCAAAAAAAACCCUCAUCUCUGUCCACACACGACCUUACAUAGGCAGCCUGUCAGAUUCCCCAUACUCCAUAGUACCGCAACAAAUUGUGAUUCCAGCAAAGAGCACUCGAUGCAUCCACGUGUCUUUCACCCCUUUUAAUCUUUCUGAGUCCCAACGUGAGUCCAGAUGUGUGGGUGUGGCUUGUGGUUUCCUGAACCUGAACUCUGAGAAGGCAGUUUGCAUCCCAGGUAAAGUCAGAAGGGAUUUGGCUUUGGAUUUACACCCUGUCAAAUUGGAUCUGCUAGGAACCAUUAAGCCGGCGGUGCUUUUGGUGCAGAUGGAGGAGGACAGCGAGACGCUGGAGUUUAAUGCCUCCGCUGGUGAUUUACUGAGGGUUGAGUCAGACAACGAGGUUGUCGUCAGUGAAUUUAGCAUUGCACAGAGCUUUCAACUGAGAAACAUUAAAGAGACGCCUCUGCAUUUCAAACUUGAGACACAGCCACCGUUUUCAGUUGUGAAGCUUCACUCUGGAGUUCGGACCAACAUCUUAGGCACCAAUAGUCUUGAUCAACCAUUGGUGCUUUACCCUCAAACUAGCAUGCAGGUGAAAGUGGCCUUUCACUGUUCUCUGUCAAUGCUGGACCUCUUAAACCAUACAGAGGAAGACCUCUCUCUUGCAGGGAGUUUGAUCCAUACUGACACUGGUCGGAAGAAGCUGAGGUUACAGCAAAACCUCCUUAUCCACCACAGCAACGGCAACCUGCAAAAAGUGCCAUUGUGUGCCUAUCUGGAACUGCCUAUACUCAGUCUCUCCACUGAUUGCCUUACUUUCGGGUUUUGCGACGUUGGAAACCGACAAACCAGGAAAAUAAGCCUCUCCUGCCGUGGAUCAAGCACCUCCUGGAAAUCACUAAUAAAGUCAGAAGAAGGAGAGCCUGCGGUGUUUAAAGUUGUACCAGACUCUGGGGUUUUCCAAUCCAGGGAAGUUGUCAGAACCUCCAGCAGCCAGUUUCUGCAGAUUAGCUUCACUCCAAGCAAACAAAAAGAGUUCACGGCUUUGCUGGUUAUCGAGUCGCCUCUAGUGAAGACGCCCCUCACUCUUCCGCUCCUGGGAGUAGGAUCCUUUGAUGAGGACUACAUAUCAACAUAUUUUUUGAGUGACAAAACAGCUGACGAUGAAAUGAUUUUUGGUGGAUUGUAAAUACAUGUUUGACAAAAAGUAAACAGACAAUUUCUUACUUGCUUUCUGAUAAAGACCGAAACUUCCAAAGGAGUUCAAUAAAAAGGUUUUUAAAAUA